CCUCGGGCCUUGUCUCUCUUACCGGAAGUAAUAUUAUCACGUUGCUUUCACCGGCUCAGAACACAAGGGAGCAGUGUAAACGAAGUUCGCAACAAUGAUUCGAAGUGUUGCAAGUCCCAGAACAUCGAGAUUGCUACAGCAAGUUAUACGCCACACUCGUCAACAAGCACGUUUCCGGUCUAGUCUGCCAUGGAAUACAGUUGUGUUGUUUGUACCACAACAAGAAGCAUGGAUUAUUGAAAGAUUUGGGAAAUAUCAACGAAACCUACAACCGGGUUUAAACUUCAUUUUACCUGUUGUGGAUUCAAUAAAGUAUGUGCAGAGCCUGAAGGAAAUAGCUAUUGAUGUUCCUCAUCAAGCUGCCAUAACACUAGACAAUGUUACACUUACAAUGGAUGCUGUCUUGUAUCUGAGAGUCACAGAUCCAUAUAAGGCCAGCUAUGGAGUAGAAGACCCUGAGUAUGCCAUUACGCAGCUAGCACAGACCACCAUGAGAUCCGAGAUAGGCAAGAUUGCUCUGGACACAGUGUUUAGGGAGAGAGAAUCACUCAAUGUGCUCAUUGUUGAUGCACUUAACAAGGCAUCCGAGGCUUGGGGCAUCACAUGUAUGCGGUAUGAAAUCAGAGACAUCAAGCUACCAUCCCGAGUUCAGGAAGCUAUGCAAAUGCAGGUUGAAGCUGAGAGAAAGAAAAGGGCAGCCAUAUUGGAAUCUGAAGGUAUUCGGGAAGCAGAGAUCAAUGUGGCUGAGGGCAAGAAGCAGUCUCGGAUCCUCAACUCUGAAGCUAACAAGACUGAGCAGAUCAACCAGGCUACAGGUGAGGCUGAAGCCCUAAUAGCCAAGGCUGGUGCUAAAGCCCGCUCAGUCAAGAUUGUGGCAGGUGCUCUCUCUCAGAAGCAAGGUAUUAAUGCAGUAUCCUACAACAUAGCCGAGCAGUAUGUGGCCGCCUUCAGUAACCUGGCCAAGCGGGGCAACACACUGAUCCUGCCUUCUAACAGUGGGGAUGUCAGCAAUGUUGUAGCACAGGCAAUGGCCGUGUACAAGAACCUGGCUGUCCAUGACCCUCACACAGUAGAAGAGGAGACGGAGGAGCAGGGCAAGGCAUCGGAUGACUCCUUCAGUCAGGAGGACAUAUUCACAUUUGAUGAUUCACAGUCUGGCCAGACAAACAAAACACUGGGCGAUAUAGAGAAGCUUCAGAAGCCCAAGGGAGAUUCGUGAUGAUUUGUGUGGUAGUAGAAACAGUGGUAGUUUCCCCCUUGGACAAUCUACAUUCUUGAAAUAAUGACAAUUGUUCCUAUUGAAACUGGUGACCAGAGACCGGGACCCAGGAACAAACGGGGCAUACAGACUCACAUUAUAGUGCGAACAGAUCAACUCCAUAUUUUAAGUUGGCUGCGUGACACAGAAACUAUGUACAAUAUGUGUAUAUUACUUGAGUGUAUGUUGAAUAAAACCAUGUACAGUG